ACACAUACACCACACACACACAUACACACACACAUACACAUAUGCACACACCAAGUCUUGUUCAUCCGGCCCCCUGCGCAAGAUCAGCCCUGCCAAUGCAACUCAUCUGACUGCCCAUGGAGAUCUAGGCAGAAAGCAGCAGGUAGAGGCGUGCCAUGGAUUGCACCAUCAAGGAGGCGCUGUCAGUUGUAAGUGAGGACCAGUCCAUCUUCGACCCAUCCUUUGCCUCCUCACACCUCUUGAAGACUGAGGUGUCUCCAGUGGACGAUUAUGGGAGCAAGGAAGAGCCAACAUUGGAAGACGCCUCGUGGUCAGCCCAGGUCAAUAGCCGAGGCCAUAUGGUGAAACAGGAGAACGAACAAGUCAAUUGCUCCAGCAGCAGACAAUCACCGGUGGAAUGCAGUGCCACCCGCAGGAACAAAGUGGAAGCGGCAGUCGACACGUCCCAAGUGCCCUACCCAACCGGAUACCCCAACCAACGUAGUCCCCCCGUUUCUUCAUCCAGAGAGGAGAAGGUCAUUGUUCCAGCAGACCCGGGUGUUUGGAGCUGCGACCACGUCCGUCAGUGGCUGGACUGGGCAGUGAAGGAGUAUGGCCUUCCCGACAUCGAAACCAGCCUCUUUCAGCACAUAGAUGGAAAGGAACUUUGCAAACUCGGGAAAGAAGGGUUCCUCCGCCUCACUUCACCCUACAACACCGAAAUCUUGCUGUCUCACCUCACCUACCUGCGCCAAAGCAGUCCCACUUUCUCUUAUCCAUCUCCACCGGUUAUCACCCAGCAGCCUCCUCCGCCUCCACCAAGGGUCCAAGUCAAAACUGAAUCUACAUAUGAUGAAAUCCGAAGAAGCAACUGGGGCAGCAGCACAGUAAACACCACUCCCAAAGGUUCCCCACCGCAGAUCCAAACUGUGAGCCGGAUCCCGGAUUCUACACGCAUGGCACCUGUAGAUCCAUACCAAGUCCUUGGGCCCACUAGCAGCCGCUUGGCAAACCCAGGUAGCGGCCAGAUCCAGCUGUGGCAAUUCCUCCUGGAGUUGCUCUCGGACAGCAACAAUGCCAGCUGCAUUACCUGGGAGGGGACCAAUGGCGAGUUCAAGAUGACAGAUCCCGACGAAGUGGCGCGACGUUGGGGCGAGCGCAAGAGCAAGCCCAACAUGAACUAUGACAAGCUGAGCCGGGCGCUGCGCUACUACUACGACAAGAACAUCAUGACCAAGGUGCACGGCAAACGCUACGCCUACAAGUUUGACUUCCAGGGCAUCAACCAAGCCCAGCAGGGGCAGCCCGGCGAGCCGACCCUUUACAAGUACCACCACACGGAACUGCCUUACCUGCCCCCCUACCACCAGCAGAAGGUUGGCUUCGGCCUGGGCCACAGCACGCAGAUGCCUGCCUCAUCCUCAGGGUUUUUCGGCCCACCUGCCCCGUAUUGGAAUUCCACAGGGGGAAAUCUCUAUCAGAACCCCACUGUGUCCAGGCAGGCUACCAACCACUUGGGCUCUUUCUUCUAACCUCCAGAAAGUCCUGGAGAUACCUGAACUUCUGUACCAGGAGAUCUCAUUAUACAAAUGUCCACCGCACGCAGAAAGUGAAAUACAGGGAGUAUCAUCUUGAACGUAUUCCGUGGCCAUCGUACAUAAAGGCGGCGAGGGGAGCAGUACCACUCCCUGCCACCAGCAGGCGCUGUUCUUCUGCGCUACCCAAACCAUUUUGUGAUCAUUCUAAUCCAUUCCUGGACUUAAACUGGAAGACUUUGCCAGCCAGAUGUUGUGCCAUCUUCGCCUGAAUUUUGCAGAUAGCCCGGCUCUCAGAAUUAUAGGAGACACAAAUGAGUUGCCUCAGCUUGCUUAAUUCCUCCACACACCCCACACCCCCAUCUAGUAUUACACCAUGUACAUUACGGAAGGAGGAGUGGCGUGUUUCUUUGUAUACGAAGUAGCGGCAAGGAUGAGUUCUCACUUUAGGCCAGGAUUCCUCCACCUUGGCAACUUGAAGUUGUGUGGACUUCAACUCCCCAAAUCCCUCACUCAUUCCCCACCCCCACCAGCAUUCUGGCUGACAUCUUGCAUCCUGACUGGGGAAUUCUGGGAGUUGAUGUUUACUCAUCUUCAAGUUGCCCAGGUUGAGAAACAUUACUGUAGCUAUUGCAUUACAGUCAUUUUUAAUCUUUUCAGAAGUGGAAGUCCUGUCUAGCCCAAAUGUCCACAAUUUUGGUGCUGCUGUGAGCCAUUAAAAUACUUAAGUUGUAGUACUGGGAGGCUUUGGGGAGCUGCCAAAACCUGAAAAAUUAUAGUUCAGAGUUUUCUUUAGCCAGAUUUAUUAAAACGUAUGCGGGAGAUAGCAAGAAUUCCAGGAACCUUUCUCCAUUUAAAACCAGUAUGUCCCUAAGUAUUUUAGGGAGAUUUUCUGGGUUUUUUUUUCUAACCACCUAUACUCUAACCUAAGAGUGGACCUAAGAGGCCCAUAAUUCCCAGCUAGCUAGUUAAAAUGUUUAUUCUUUUGGAAUCAUGGGGAUUAUUGCUCAAUUGGCCCAGACUGGCAAAGAUUGAAGUUCUUGGAGAAAGAAAGAAGCAAAAAGUAACUACAGUUCCAUUUGCUCUUAUAAAGUGUAAUUCUCCUUGGAAUUUCAGAACUUUUCCUAUGGUGACAACAGGGUGAACUAAUUCUGAAUUCCUUUUACUCAUAAUAUAGAUGACUCAAUGGAAGCACAAUAAGCAGAUAAAUUACUGAAGCUAUAGGGUGGACUGAACAGUGGAAAAAAUGGUUUUAGAUGUUCCUCCCUAGAAAGAGCUACCUGCAAAUUCAAAACUAACAGUACUAUUACUGUGCUAGCUUUCUAUUUAUAGGAAUACCUCAUCCUUAUUAUUAUUAUACACACUGGAAUCCACAACCUCAAGGCUGCAGUAGCAUAGUACUCUGUGAUCCUAUGGGUAUCAAGUCAAAUAGUCAGGCAGUGAUGGUGUAACAAGCAGGUAUAGAGACUAAAGGAUCUGGCUCCAACAGAAUAGUGUUUCCCAACCUCUGCAACUUUCAGACCCGUGGACUUCAACUCCCAGAAUUCACCCUUCCCAGCACGUUGGCUGGGGAAUUCUGGGACUUGAAGUGCACACGUCUUAAAGAAGCUGAAGUUCAGAAACACUUGUGUAAAGCAAAGGGGGAAAGUUACCGCUCACGUACCAAUGUGUCCUGGUGUGUCCCAUUUCAUCAAAAGCUUCUCUAAAACCGUUAAAUCAGGGGUCUUCAAACUUGACAGCUUUAAGACUUGUGGGCUUCAACUCCCAGAUUUUCUCCUCCAGUCAUGUUAGUUCAGGAAUUCUGGGAGUUGAAGUCCACAAGUCUUCAAUUUGCCAAGUUUGAAGACCCUUGUAUUAAAUGAUGGAUGCCAUCUAGACAAACCCUAUCCAGUGUAUAAAUCUUGCACCUGCGGCUCAGACUAGACACUGUCCUGCUUGGAGAACCUCUAAUGAGAAUGCACCGCUGUCCAAGAGAGAUUGCAAGUCCUGUUGUAACUUUGGGUAAUCAAAUGGAUGGUUGUAAGUCAAGGACUACCUGAAUAGGAAACCUCAUGCACCAAGGGAUAGUGCCUGUAGCCCACAAAACCACGUCUGCAGUGAUUCUAAUGACCUUCUACAACACAGAGAUGUACAGUACUGCACUUAAAACUCGUGAAUAUUUUCCCCUCUCCAAGGCAACCAAACCCACAAUUCUCUGUUCUAGAACUCUCACCGUUUUGUACUUGUUUACUGUAUAUUAAAAGUUGUGUUGUGAUUUAA